AUGGCCUCGCAAGCGAAGUUCUCGUUCCUGAAUUCUCAUGGAGGCCCAGGCAGCCGACAACUACAUGGCUUCACAGGCCUUGACCAGUCAGCUCCCGCUCGAUCGGCCUCGCUGCCGACGAUGAACGUCUCUGCAGGGUUUUCGAUGAAGCUCGGCAACCACCUCGGCUUCAAUGCCUAUGCCAAUCUACGCGGACCCUUCGUGGCCCGCCGCGACAUUCCGAUACUGCCUAAGAACCCGCGGGCCACAGAGAGGGAGAUCUACAAAGCACGCGUGGAGGAAGUCUGGGUGAUGCCUGAACGACUUCGCCCAGAGACCUUGCCACCAGCAGGGCAACAGAAGGAGCGGCGCAUGGGCAAGCGGAUGGUUUCCGAAAACACGAACACCCUCAGCCAUGUGGAUACCUUGAUUUGGGGCUCAGACAUUGACAAGAGUGACGGACUUCUCAAGCAAUGCGACUCCGAGAUUUACCGGGGUGCUGCCGGCCUGAAUGCAAAGGCAGAGCGCACUCCGAUCUACGGCUACAUCCCUCCCGUCUGUUACCGAACCUUCGGCCCCGUCGGUUCCUGCUUCCUCUCUCUGUCGCCUCGAGCUCCCGAGUCUCGAGGCACCAUCUCGCCCUUUGACGCCGUGCCCGCGCUGGUCGAGCGCCCCAGGCGCUGUUGGCCCUCCUGCGGUCGCCGCAAGGCACCCGACUGCGAGCGGAACGAUGCGGCUUGUCGAGUCACUGAAAAGCCCGGCUCGAUGAAUUCGGAGGCUUCGCCAGAGAUGGGCACCCCAGAAUGGGGCGCUGAUGUCGGAGCCACAGAGAAAGGACAGGCUUGUUCCAAGGCCGGUGGCGGUCCGCCAUCUCCAGAGGGCUCGAAGCUUGGCCGAGGCCACAGGUCGUGGGGGCAACAGUCCACCACAGCGAGCAGUGGCCUCGGCUGCUCCAAGUUCGCGUAUGAGAGGCACUGCGGGGCAAGGGGCAAGUGCUGGGCAAGUGCAGUACCUGGCUUUGGGUCCCUCGGUGACCAGGCCGAGGAGGUUCCAGAGAUGGAGCAGUACAGCAAAGAGAACUUACCUCCGGCUUCAGAGCAUGAGAUUGAGUUCAUAGUGCCGCAUGCCGCCUCUUUUCCGAGUGGUGAAAAAGUGCGAUCGCCACCGCUGAUGGUGCGAAAUUUCAGAUUUAGGAUACUGUGCUUUCCAUCGGGAACGUCGAGUGCUGGUGGAACUGCGGUCAGUGCAUUCGUGGAGGCCGAUCCUCCGGAAGGUCUUGAUCCGCGGUGGAUCUUCCAAGGUGUCAAAUACCAGGUCGCACUCGUGAACUGGCUUGACUAUCGCAGAACUAUAGUCAAGAGCGACACGUGGAGUUUCUCCAAGGAUGGAAUUGAUAGAGGUUGGCACGACAUGGUGAGGACGUCUGAGUUGUCUCAGGACACCGGCUGGUUAGGCCCACGUGACAGCCUUUGCUUCCGAGCAUGUGUUUGUGUUCGACAGGCUGACAGUGUCCAAGCUGGUCAAGACUUCAACUGUAGGAAAGAAACCGGAUAUGUCGGCCUGAUGAACCACGGCGCAACGUGCUACAUGAACGGUUUGCUGCAAAGCCUCUUCCAUGCCGGAGAGUUCAGGCGAAUCGUUUACUCCAUUGAAUGCGAGAAGGAGGAGAAGGAAGAUGCGCCGAUGGAGAAAGCAGGCGACACCGAUGCAGAAGGAGAUGUCUCCCUGAUCCAGGCCUUGCAGAAUGUCUUCUACAGACUGCAGACCUCCGAGCAGGCUGUCAACUGCAAGGAGUUGAUGAAGUCUUUCGGCUGGGACACCACCGAUGCAUUCACCCAGCACGAUGCGCAGGAGCUGAACAGGAUCUUGUGCGAUCGACUGGAGGAGCAGAUGAAAGGUACUCCAAUGGAUGGUUCCAUCAAGAGGCUCUUCGAAGGCGAGAUGGAAAAUUACAUCGAGUGCCUAGAUGUCGACUACACCUCCAAACGCCGCGAAACGUUUUAUGACAUUCAGCUGAACAUCAAGAGCGAGAAGGGGAAUGACCUCCAGACCAUAGAGGAGUCCAUGAAAGAGUUCACUGCGGAUGAGAUGCUUGACGGUGACAACCUUUACGAGGCUGAAGGCUACGGAAAGCAGCGUGCAAAGAAGGGCAUCCGGUUCGUGCAGUUCCCUCCGGUCCUGAACCUGCAGCUGAAGCGCUUCCACUUUGACAUGGAACGCAUGGACAUGGUAAAACUCAACAGCCGCUUUGAGUUCCCACGACGCCUCGAUCUCUCCCAGUUUGCACCUGGCGCCGGGCAUUAUCUGCUACACUCCGUCGUUGUCCACAGUGGUGAUGUCAACAGCGGUCACUACUACGCCUACAUCCGGCCAAACUUGGACGAGCGAUGGGUGAAGUUUGAUGACGACAAUGUUACGCCCUGCAGCGAUUUUGCGGCGGUCGAAGACAACUUUGGGGGAAGCGACCCCAAUGCCUUCAACUAUUUCGAUCGUAGCCCAUCUGAGCUCAAGAGUAUGCAAUGGCCGAGCCGUCCCCGGAUCCACAACGCGUACAUCCUUGUCUACAUCCGCGAGGACUGUGCGGAGGAUGUCUUGCGCAUCCCUGAUCCGAUGCAGGUGAACAGCCGGAUGGUGGAGAGGUGUAAUGCCGAGGUACGAUUGCAAGAGCAGCGACGGCGUGAGAAGCUGGAGCUGCAGACAAAGAUCAGGAUAAACCUGAUCUUCGAGAAUGAUUUGUGUUCAAUGACCGGCUUCUGGGACCACACCAGCAUUCCAACGGGGCAGUCCUUCAAGAUGAACCGGGAUCAGUUCGUUAAGGACCUGCUCUCGCACGCAGAAGAGAUUCUGCAGGUGAAUGCGAAUCACCUGGCUUUGUUUGCUCUUCACCUCCGAUCGAACCCGCGACAGGUGAGGUUCGAGUUCAUGCCGCAUUUCAAGACCCUCAGGACGCAGAUACCGCCCGUCACAUCACCUCACUACGACUCGCAAGAUCCUUGCAUCACCGUUCUUUGUGUGGCUGCAAGAGGCCACAAUGUUGGUCCACCUCCGCUAAGGUGGCAAAAUGAGUCUGCCGAGCCUGAAGAGUUGGUAAGGUGGGACGAUCAACAAGUGAUUAUGCUUGUGGUGAAGUAUUUUUGCAUCCAAAGACGAAAGCUUGUCACUUUGGGCUGCUUCUACAUGCCGCUGAACGACCCUCUGAUCAGCAUGGUCAAGAGCAACUGGGUGACUGAGAGGUUACAGCGUUUUUUGGACAGUCAGGAGGUGGCGCCACUUCCACCCCAAUUGCAAUCGGCUGGAGAGGAUGGCACGAAGCUUGAAACAGCAUGGGAAUGCUGGGAAGAGUACACAGAGCGUGACAUACAAAGAAGAAGUGCCAAAAAGUCGGCUAAGAUGGAGCGGUUCAUGUGCGGUGACAUCAUCGUCUGGCAGCAAUCUUCGCCCUCUGCACCGCCGGAGGUGGCCGGUGAGGAAAGUCCAAUGCAGCCAGGGCAGGUGGCGCCCACGUACCCGGUCAACAACGUCUUUGAUUUGCUUGAACACCAGCUGAAUUCCAUUGAAGUGCAAGUGACGCUGGUUGAUCGCAAGCAGCCUCUUUGCAUCGAUGGCGUCGUCAUGAACGGUCAUUGGGGGGCAUACCGGCCUGCAACAGCGCAGGUUCAGGAGGGAGUCCGGGAGGAGAAGCCAGAGGACAUCGCUCUUUCCAAAAGUCCAGCGAGCUUCUCGACUGCCGUGACCAAGGAGCUCCAAAUGGAUCUGCGGUGGACCCAAAGCCACGUAACAGGAAUCAUUGCACAAGCCUUUGACCUGAAGUCAGUCAUGACGCCAGCGUCGACUUCUUCCCCGGACCAUGAGACCUACUUGUGGCUUUUCCAGUCCCCGCCAUCGAAUGGAGAGGAGCCGAUCAGCACGAGCAUACACGCUCGAUCCACGCUGAAGGACAUUCAGCGGUAUGCUCCAUAUGUGUCACCAGCAGGAGGCAAGAAACCGCUGAACCUCCAUGCGGUCGAGAUGCCGUAUCACGCAGGAGCUGACGGUUUAGAUUCCAACUUGUGGGCCUUCGGCGUGCGCUUUUUCGACUCGGCGGUCCGAGAGGUUGGGAGCGCAAUUUGUUAUGUGAACCCUGGCAGUGGCACAGUGGAGGACUUGCUCAGAGCAGCCGAGCCCCUUAUCGAGCCUGAGUGGAAGAUUUCGGGUCCGCUACGUGCAAUGGAGGUCAUCGACGGCAUGGCAACACUCUGGAGGCCCACAGAGCCUCUGCGCAGUCUUCAUUGCUAUGGCAAGUACAACGUGCUUUACCACGCAGUGCGCAUCGAGGCAGAUCCUGACACGGCCACGAUGUCGCCGGAUGACAGACUCAUUGAGGUGUACCACUGUGACCGCUCAAGCCAGCAGGCUUUUGGUCAACCUCUGUUUCUUCCGGCCGCGCCUGGCGAGAAAGCUGGCACCUUCAAGAAUCGAUGUAAGGAGCGACUUGGAGUGCCAGAGAACGAGUUCAAGACCUGGAGGUUGGUCCGGACUGGGCAGAGGGCGGGGCGGCAGCAUCUGAAAGAUGACGACCCGCUGGAUUCAGAGUCCGGCCUGGACAACAGGAUUUGCCUUGAGCACGUGCACCCGAAUCCCAGUUACGCCAGAACAUCAAGACGGAAGCCCCUCGGCACGAUCGGGAGGCCGAAAAAUUGCACAGGCACCAUCUCAUCCACGCGUUUCAUUGGGAUAAUGAUGCGGUUCGGAAGGACAGAGCCUGGAGCUAUACCAGACGUGACCCAGACGGCCGCCCCUGGGACCGAAAGGGCCGAGAAGGGAGCCGCAGUGCGAGCUAGGGUCAGCGAAGGAUCCGGAUCGGGUUCAGGGUCUGGUGGUUCAGGAUCUGCCGGCAACAGUUGGGAACAGGCCACGAGCUCCAGUGGUGGUCAUUCAAUCUCCUACAAGGCUUUGGAAGUCCUCCAAAGUAUUGCCGCAAGUGAGGAGUCGCCGUCACCGAAGCCGUCACCGAAGUCGCCAUCAGCAGCAGCACUUCAGUUCGGUCGAUCGACCGCUGAAGAAGUAAGACCUGCAGCUGACUGUGAUGAGGACGAGGAGCAAGCCGCAUCUGCCAGUGCGCGUGUCAGGUUUCUCUUUGUGUCCCUUCGCACGACGACUUCCUGUUGGCGGGAGGGCAAAGGUGCUUUCCGGGUGCUCCGAUUGCGUACGCACAGCUUCAUGGUACAUGUAGGUGGUGAGGCUUUGGAUUUCCAUGGACGCGGCGUCUCCGAUUUGCGUUGUGGUGGGGCUUGUGAGAAGUCAGGUGUGCUGACCCUUCGCUAUUAUCUUGUCGAUUUUCUCCCUGGUCGCCGCGAUUACAUUCGCAUUCAAGAUCACAGUAGUGAAAACGGGGACGCAAGGGAAGUAGGAGCCGGCGCGGAUUGCCAUGUGGAGUUUGUGCGUCAGGGGCUUGGUGCUGCUACGCUUGGUGGCCGUGUCUUGUGGGACGGCUUGAAGAAAGUGCUGAGCUUUGAACUCGUGGAAGUCGAAUGUACGCAGUUGGUUGAUUUUCAGUCGCCGAAUCGUGUUACGCCAAACAUCUCUCAUGGGUGGCGCAAUCUGGCGUUGUUUGAACUCAUUGCCGGCAUGAAGCAGCUGCUGGCGGCCUGUGGUGGCAUCCCUUCCUUGACGGAGUUCGUUUCCAAGAAGAUGCAGCACGAGUCGCAGGUUUUGAAGGAGCAUCCCAAGCUCAAGGAGGUCAAGGGCAAAAGGCCGAGGUGA